AGCGCACGUAGAGCAGCUGGGUGGGCUCCGAAGUUGCGGCUCCUCCGGCUCCGGGACCUUUAGGGUCGCUUCGCGUGCCUUCUAUUGAAGAGCAGGAACUGACGGUUGUUUUAAGUCUCUCACUUCCAGAAAGUUUCCUGGGGACCUGUCCCGUCGGAAAUUCGAGGGGCAGUUGUCUUGGUAUUUGAAAAGGGGGUAUCCAGUGAGGCGGAGCUUGAGGGGGUGGUGUCGAGUGAUUGAUAAAGCUGUCAACCAAUAAGGCUACUAUCGCUCGCCUCAGGAAAACCACGACUCCAGCUGGAUGUGCGCAUAAUAGUGUAAUCACUCAUAAUUCUAUUUUGUUUAAUAAAAUAAUUCGUUCUUGUGACUAGACGUCUCGAAAGCGAAGACUGGCACUCCUCAGUCUACCACGGACUGCUCGCAGGCCGAUACUGAACAGAAGUACCCUUAUCAAGGAGGCGUCACCGCUGGGCAAGCCUAGCAUCAGUCCAUUGACCCCCCACAGUCACCAUGAUAGACGUUCUCCCAGACCAACAGCUUCCUUUGGCUCGAGGCGGGUCUUACGUGGAGGGCCUAUGGAUCUACGUCGGCUCAGCCAAUAGGGUCAGGGCAGGGGGCGUGGCGGGAAGUUUGAAACUGGUAACUUCGGGAGUUGAGCCACGAGCUGUUGUGUACCCAGAGGUGGAAUUGGAGCCCGCCAAGAGCGUCCCAGUUACACCAGCGCGGCCUCCGCCGCACAACAAGCAUCUGGCUCGAGUGGCGGACCCCCGUUCACCUAGUGCUGGCAUCCUGCGCACUCCCAUCCAGGUGGAGAGCUCUCCACAGCCAGGCCUACCAGCAGGGGAGCAACUGGAGGGUCUUAAACAUGCCCAGGACUCAGAUCCCCGCUCUCCUACUCUUGGUAUUGCUCGGACACCUAUGAAGACCAGCAGUGGAGACGCUCCAAGCCCACUGGUGAAACAGCUGAGUGAAGUAUUUGAAACUGAAGACUCUAAAUCAAAUCUUCCCCCAGAGCCUGUUCUGCCCCCGGAGGCACCUUUAUCUUCUGAAUUGGACUUGCCUCUGGGUACCCAGUUAUCUGCUGAGGAACAGGUGCCACCUUGGAACCAGACUGAGUUCCCCUCCAAACAGGUGUUUUCCAAGGAGGAAGCCAGACAGCCCACAGAAACCCCUGUGGCCAGCCAGAGCUCCGACAAGCCCUCAAGGGACCCUGAGACUCCCAGAUCUUCAGGUUCUAUGCGCAAUAGAUGGAAACCAAACAGCAGCAAGGUACUAGGGAGAUCCCCCCUCACCAUCCUGCAGGAUGACAACUCCCCUGGCACCCUGACACUACGACAGGGUAAGCGGCCUUCACCCCUAAGUGAAAAUGUUAGUGAACUAAAGGAAGGAGCCAUUCUUGGAACUGGACGACCUCUGAAAACUGGAGGACGAACAUGGGAACAAGGCCAGGACCAUGACAAGGAAAAUCAGCACUUUCCCUUGGUGGAGAGCUAGGCCUUGCAUGGCCCCAGCAAUGCAAUCACCCAGGGCCUGGUGGUAUCUGUGUCCUCUCACCCCUUCUUUCCCAGGGAUACUGAGGAAAGGCUUGUUUUCUUAGACUCCUCCUCAACUACCCAACUGGGACUCAGAGCUUUAUUGGGCUUUCUUUGUGUCUUGUGUGUUUCUUUUAUAUUAAAGGAAGUGAUUUUAAAUGUUACUUUAAAAAGGU